AUGCACGUCUCGGAAGACUCAGAAGGCAUCACAUACCGUGCCCUAGAUCAUUCAACAGACGAAUUUCGCCUUUUGUAUCUCAAACCAACCGUCAACACCUCUUCCUUGGGCAAUGACCUUGUCGUCUGUGAACUCCAACACCAUCGCCUCUCCGACGCGCCCCCCUUCGUUGCCUUGUCAUAUUGUUGGGGUAGGGCAUUUGCGCAGAGCGCGCUGGUAAUCGACGGCAAAAUCAACGAAUGUGGCAUCAAUGGCGAAGCGGCUUUGCGGCACCUUCGCAAGAAGGAAGGGGUCCACGUCUGGAUCGACCAGCUCUGCAUAAACCAGAGCGACAACAUCGAAAAGAAUCAUCAAGUGCAGAUGAUGCUGCGCAUCUAUGUCGCUGCAUCCCGCGUCGCUGUCUGGAUGGGAAUGCCUGCAGAUGACAGCGACAUUUUCCUACCUCACGUCCGUGCUAUGGGCGCCUUACUCCGCGACAAGAUGUAUCUUGACGUGAUUCAAAGCCAUACCGACACCGAAUUCCUACAGAAAAUGUCACAUGCAUUUCGUGCAUUCUGUGAAAGGGAAUACUGGACUAGACUUUGGAUUAUACAAGAGUUUGCUGUCGCGCGGGAGCUGGACAUAUUCUGUGGGGACGCCUCUGUCGACUACACAGACCUGCGGGAGUUCCUGGUCUUCAUCAGCCAGAUAUACCAACACUUUCCAGCGGUUCAGGAGCAAGAUGAUCACGAAGUGAUGAAGGCGUUCGUCGGGAUGCUCAAGGCCUUUUUCAAAACUCCCGCGAACAGUUUUCUUGAAGGUGUAUUUACCCGGCGACGCAGGUACCAAAUGCGGCACAACCCUUUGCUGGGGCAAACGACAAACCCUACGGUGAAGAACGUGGAAGCAGCAAUGGCAAAGGAUAGAGAGAGUCUCUUUGCAGUUCUGGUAACGACACUUGUCUUGGAGAUCGACUAUAACCACACGCAAGUGACAGAUUCCCGAGAUCGCAUUUUCGCCGUGAUGCAUUUCGCCGAUGACGUCGAUGAAUUCGAAGGCCUUCCAAACUACAAUCUCAGUUGCGAGAAGAUUUACCAGAACGUUGCAAGACGUAUUCUCCAGCAGGGGAAUAUCGAUCUUCUGUCUUACUGCCAGUUCCCGCGGGAGACCCCCCUUGCGACGUGGGCACCGGAUUGGAGAAUGGGGAUCAAAAGGCCAUGCGUGGGAAAUCCUUGGCUCUCCAAAUUUGAUGCAUCGAGCGGCUCUGCCUCUAAGCAACUCGUUCAAACGCCGGACGAUGUGACAAUCUCACUACGGGGCGUGCUCGUGGACAGUAUCCAGGAGACGGGUGAGGCGUGGAACCCGGAUUGGAUCUCAGAGCUGGAUUGCAAGGCUGCGUUGGCCUACAUUGACCAAGUCGAGGCCUUUUGCACAAAAUCGCCUCUUCUAUGCGACAAGAUCAAGGAGCAAGAUUUCAAGGAUGUCAUGCGCAUUUGCAUCGCGGAUCGUUACUACUACAAGGAAGCAGAGAGACAGCCAGAGCUGGUGCAAGGGUUCGUGGAGGCGGCGACGCAUAUGCAGAAAGAAGUAGCAGCAAACGAGCAGAAACAAGGGGGGACUAACGAGUUGGCCGAUGCCAUUGGAUGGCAGCAACCUUGGUACAUGUUUGCAAUGAAGAAUCUCCACUCCAGACGUCCUUUUAUCACGAAGUCCGGCUACGUUGGACUGGCGCCAAUGCACGCGCAGCAGGAUGACAAGGUGGUCAUUUUCCUAGGAGGGAAAACGCCGUACGUUGUCCGGGAGAAUGGCCAUGGCUAUGAGCUAGUCGGAGAAGCAUAUGUGCAUGGUAUCAUGUAUGGCGAGGCCAUGACUGAGGACGUUAGUUUUAUUGAUUUCUCCAUAAUGUGA